UUAGGGAAGGGCCUUCCACUGUGAACAGCGGCCCUCGGCACAGCGUCCUUGCUGUCCUCUUCCCAGUGAUCCCACACCGGACACCAGGCUCUGGCUGCCAGACCUCCGACCCUUCUUCUGAGAGCUUCCCAGGGGCUUCCUUUGGACUGAACCAUCCUUGCCUGUCCAGCCUCCUGGCCACCCCCAGACCCCCUCAUCUACAGCAGGUCUCUGUGUCUACUCGCCAGCAGUGAUGAGGUCCCGGCUUCUGCUUUCUGUGCCCCACCUGCCCACAAUUCGGGAGACCACAGAGGAGAUGCUGCCUGGUGGGCCUGGGCUGGAGUCUCCAGCCUCCCCCACCCUGGAUGACUAUGUGAGGUCCAUCUGUCAGCUGGCACAGCCUACAUCUGUGCUAGAUGAGGCCACAGUCCUGGGCAGACCCAGGACACCCCACCAGCCAGGCCGGGCUCUUGAGAAGAGCUGCCUUGCCAUAUCCCUACAGGACAUCACUGCCCGUUUCAGUGGCCAGCAGCCCACACUGCCAGAAGCUGACACUGUUGACCCCCUGGACCAGCUUUUUGGGGAGUCCCAGGAAGAGUGGUCAAGUCGGAGGAACCUGUCGAGGAGGACCAGGCCCUGUGCUGGCUCCUGGGGUCUUCACGGACAGAUGGACAGUGGCAAGGCCAGGGGGGCCCCCAGAGGGAGGCUCUGUGAAGCCAGGGCACCUGGGCACUCUCUGGCACGACCACGACGGGACUCACACUCAAGCUCCAACCUAAUGAGUCAGACUUCUGGUCAGCCUGGCCAGGCCGUGGCCUCUCGACACAACCCCCGCCCCAGCAGUGCCCUCAGAACUCUCUAUUCUCUACUCCCGGUGAUCCACGAACUCUGAACCCUCCCCAAUAAAGAACCCCCGUAAAGAGCACGCGGGGUUCGCAUCUACUUCCCCUCCCUCCAUGGUGGACACUGUACCGAGUGGGUCUAUAGAGGGCUUUGUAUUUUAAAGAAAUUGAGGUGUUUCCCACCCCAACCCUGCCAGGCAGGUGUUUAUAACCGUGUUAUGGAUGGGAAACACUUUUGUGGGAGGGAAACACUUUUGUGGAAGGGAAACACUUUUCUGUAUGGGCUGCCUGCUUUGAUAAUUCACAGUGACACCCUCCCCCCAUCCCCCACACAGAACACUAUGAAUAGUGAAACAGUGUGUCUCACGGGAGAUGUUACUGUCUCAUUUCUCUGUUCUUCACUGGCUGUUCACUUUGAAUAAGGUUCUUAACAUCUCUGUUCCUCAGUUUUCUCAUGGGUAAAGUGGUGCUAAUUGCUGGGACCUGCCCCAGGCCAUCUUGAUGAGCAAAUGCCUGCUCACAGCACAUACAGGGAAUUGCUACUGGUAUUAUUUACAGGUGAGAAGAGCAAGGGUAAGGGUGUGGUGGUAUUGGGGGGCCCCAGCCCCCCAGGUGAUAUCAGAGCAAGGCUCCCAAGUCAGCCUCUUGGCCCCCACCCUCAAAGCCCAUGUUCUGUAAAGCCCAAGAGAAAACGUGGAGUUUCAGCAAGGCACUACUGUGUUCCGGGGGGGCCGUCAUCUGGGUACACCCAGGACCCUCUGCUGGCUCCAACUCACAAGUCCUGGGGUGGCUUUGGGGGAGUUCUCUAUGCUGAGGAACUAGACUGAAAUGGCACCACUCAGCCAACAAGGUGGCAAGUGCCUGGACCUGCUGGCUCAUCCCCACUGUCCCCACCCACUCACCUGGGGGCCUCAAUGCCAGGUCAGGAUCCCACCUGAGGGCUGAAGAGUGGGGCACCACCCAGCUGCCUGCAUCAAGCAAGUCCAGAUCUCUCAAGGCCAAGGUCAGCUCUUGGCCCCCUGUAGUUGAGAGAACCCCAGUUCCUGGACCAGUAUGGAAAGCAAUGAGGUGAAGGUGGAGAGCAGAGGAGGGAGGGAGGAUUUCCUUUCUCAGAGAAGUAGGGUGGUUUUAGGGAACUGCAAAGACUCAGGCCUGAGAACCCAUCACCCUGCUGCCUUGGGCCAGGCUGGGGCAUCUGGUGAGGCAAGAAGAACAGAAAGAAAUGGGAAGAGGCAGACAGAGCUGCCAGCCUGCGGCGUGCUGAGUCUCCUCCAACUCCCUGCUCUGUUAACUAUCAGUCUAUUUUCUUUCUUUUGUGUGGCUCUUUAUAACUGCUUUGGAUCUGCUCAAUCUGUCCUCUGUUAUAUGCGUUUUCAAGGGAGAUGGAAUAGAAAUCACACACUAAAAAGAAAAGUUUCAAUGGUGGGACCAUACCUAUGGAGCAUAUUGCAAGGGUACAAGUCAAAUCUAUCAAGUAUGGAAAACAAAUGUCUUAACACUGUGUUUAAGUAAAUGAGGUGAAAGCUAUGUUAAAUAGUAGGAUAUAAGAACUCCAGUUUGUAGAAAUAACACAUUGAAUCCCACAAAGGCAUAAAUGUA